AUGAACACUCUGUCUGAAGCAAACGGCACCUUUGCUAUCCACCUUUUAAAGAUCCUUUGUCAAAACAACCCUUCGAAAAAUGUAUGUUACUCUCCUGUGAGCAUCUCCUCUGCUCUAGCUAUGGUCCUCUUGGGGGCAAAAGGAGACACUGCAGUCCAGAUAUCUCAGACACUUGGUUUAAACACAGAGGAAGACAUUCAUCGGGGCUUCCAGUGUCUUCUCAAUAACCUGAACAAGCCAGACAGAAAGUACUUGCUUAGAAUGGCCAAUCGGAUCUUUGCAGAGAACACUUGCGAAUUACCCCCAACCUAUAAGGAGUCCUGUCUUCAGUUCUAUCACUCGGAGCUGGAGCAGCUGUCCUUUGCCAAAGCUCCAGAGGAGUCCAGGAAGCACAUAAACACGUGGGUCUCCAAACAGACUGAAGGGAAAAUUCCAGAGUUGCUGUCGGGAGGUUCAGUUGAUUCAGAGACGAGGUUGGUUCUUGUCAAUGCUUUAUACUUCAAUGGAAAGUGGCAUCAACAGUUUGCAAACACACACACAAGGGAGAUGCCCUUUAAAAUAAACCAGAAGGAGGAAAGACCAAUACAGAUGAUGUGUCAGGAAGACAGAUUUAACCACGCCUACAUAAAUGAAGUACAGGCACAGGUGCUGGAGAUGCCCUAUGAGGGCAUGGAGCGGAGCUUGUUGGUCCUGCUCCCGGAUGAUGGUGUGGACCUCAGCCAGGUGGAAAACAAUCUCACCUUUGAGAAGGUGACAGCCUGGACCAAACCAGACUUUAUGAAGAGCAUUUAUAUAGAGGUUUUCCUUCCAAAAUUUAAAUUGGAAGAGGAUUAUAAAAUGGAGUCCGUGUUCCAGCACUUGAGAAUGGCGGAUGUCUUCCGAGGAAGCAAGGCUGAUUCAUCAGCAAUGUCUCCAGAAAAAGACGUAUAUCUAUCCAAGUUUGUUCACAAGACUGUUGUGGAGGUCAAUGAAGAAGGCACCGAAGCUGCAGCAGCCUCGGCCAUCAUAAGUCAUGACUGUGGCCACAUACCUGCCUUAACUUUCUGUGCAGACCGCCCCUUCCUUUUCUUCAUCAGGCACAAUGAAACCAACAGCCUCCUGUUCUGCGGCAGGUUCUCCUCUCCAUAG